UAACAACAUUUUGACGAUUGAGAGAGACAUUAUACCUAGAAAUUUGUUUAAAGAAAAUAUUUGUUUUACACGAAAUCAAUAUCAGAUAAAAUGUAAAUAAAAUAUUACAGUUAAAAUAAUUAAAAAAUGAAAAAAAACUGAUAAUUUAAUUUAAUAAAUAAUAAUUGUGAGGUUACACUUUCGCAUAUAUUCUGCACAUCUACCUUCUGUCAUGCCAGCCACAAGCCAAAUUAAUGAAUGCGUAUGCAAAAUAGGUAAAUAAAAAUAACACUGCAAAUGGUUCUGGUGUAUCUAGACCAAAUAUUAGUAUUGUACUCGUAUCUGUUCAAAUGAUAAAAUAAUUUUAUUUUGUGCUAAUAUAGCUACAUUGAAAUUAUUUAUCUAAUAUUGUGCAACAUUUAUCAAGUUGAAUUUAGUAAAAAUCUGUUUGGACAAAGGUAUUUUAAUUGAAAAUCAAGUGAGAUUAACAGCUGAAAAUUUUAACUUACAAUCUAAUAUUAAUGUAAAAUAUCCUUGGCACAAAAAUUUAACAUCAGUUUAUAAAUUAAAGUUGCAAGAAUGGAUACUCAAUCAGAAAGUAUACCGAAUUUAAUUGAGCAAAACAAAUCAGAAAGUAUACCGAAUUUAAUUGAGCAAAACAAAUCAGAAAAAAAUGAAGCGAUUAAGAAAAAAAGACGCCGUCGUAGAAGAAAGAAAUCAGGUGUAAGUGAAGCAGACGAUGACGUUUCACAAGAUAUUUGUGAAGAAUUAUCGAAGUUAACUGUAGAUUCUACAGACAAUAAUACAUCCUCAUCAUCUAUCCACAAAUUAGGUAAUUUAUUAUCAUUAGCUGAAAUCGAGCAAAAAUUAUUAUUAAAUAAUUUUAAUCAAAAUUCUUCAUCGAAAAGUAAACCGUCGUCUUCAUCGAAAAGUAAAUAUACUGAGAAUAAUCGUAAACGAAAUAAUAUUAACCCUGUAAAUGAGUAUUUUAAAUACGAUAAUUUUAAUAAAUCAAUGCCUUCAACAUCUAAAUCACCUAAUAAAAAAGGGCAUAAAAAUUUUAGAAAAGAUGAAAAUGGUAUUAAACCUCGAUCACCUAAAAAAUCACAAAGUGAAGAAAAUGGUGAAAAAGAAGGAACAAAUUUCGAAGAAUAUAUGUCAGCUAAAGAUGUUGAAAUUGGUUUAAAAAAUGGUACGUUAUUUGAGGGUAGUAUACGAAUCAAUACACGAAAUUUUAAAGAAAGUUACGUAACAAAUCCUAUACGCAAAGAUCCAGAUAUUUUAAUUGAAGGUUUACGUGAUCGAAAUCGUGCUUUAGAAGGUGACGUUGUUGUCAUACAAUUAAAACCGAAAGAUGAUUGGCGUCAAAAUAAUCAGAAAACCGGUAAAGUUGUAUUUAUUAAGGAAUAUGUACAUACACGACAUUCAAUUGGUUAUUUGAAAUUAAUGCCUGAUAAAAAUCAUACAUUUGCUGCGUUUAGUCCGCGUGAUUCAAGAAUACCACGAAUACGAAUACCAUAUACUGAUUGGCCGCCGAGUUUUUAUCAUGAACCAGAAAAAUAUGAAAAAACUUUAUUUGUUGCAAAAAUAACUACAUGGACUGAUACACGAUAUGCUUUGGGUAAUAUUAUUGAAACUGUAGGACAAGCUGGUGAUUUAAAAAUUGAAACAAGAGCAAUAUUAUUAGAAAAUGGGUUAGAUGUUACACCAUACGAUCCGUCAAUGAAUCAAUAUUUUCCAGCUACAAGUGAAAUUCCUGCCGAAGAAUAUACAUACCGUGAAGAUUUACGAAAAGAUUGCGUAUUUACAAUCGAUCCUCUAACCGCAAGGGAUUUAGAUGAUGCUGUAUCAUGUAAAGAAUUAGAAAAUGGAAAUCUAGAAAUUGGUGUUCAUAUAUCCGAUGUAAGUUUUUACCUCAAAGAAAAAACACCUCUAGAUGAGAUUGUAUCACAAAAAGCUACAAGUAUAUAUCUUGUAGAAUCUGUUUAUCAUAUGCUACCCCGAGAAUUAUGCAUGCUAUGUUCGUUAUUACCCAAUGAGGAUAAAUUAGCAUUUUCAGUAUUUUGGGAAAUAACUCCAGAAGGUAAAAUACUAAAUUUUCGAUUUGCCAGAACCAUCGUAAAUUCAUGUUGCCAAUUAGCCUACGAACAUGUACAAAAAAUGUUAGAUACGCCAAACGAAGUCAAAAUUGAAGAAUUGCCUACGAUUUAUGGAAAUCAUUCGUAUGAACAAAUUAUAAAAAUUGUAAAUAAGUUACACAAAAUUGCAUUAUCGUUAAGAUCGAAUCGAUUUGAAAAUGGUGCAUUGAGAAUAAAUCAACCAAAAUUAAUGUUUCAACUAGAUCAACAGUCAGGUUUACCUGGUAGUUUCUCCAUUUAUGUAAAUCAAGAGAGUCAUCGACUGAUUGAAGAAUUCAUGUUGUUGGCGAAUAUAACAGUAGCCACAAAAAUUAACAAUGAAUAUCCCGAUUUGGCAUUCUUGCGAUGUCAUCCUCCACCACAUGGUCAUUUAAUGGAAAAUCUCAAAAAAAAUUUUGAGAAGAUUGGUAUACAUUUAGAUACAUCAACAGCUGGGCAAUUACACCAAUCUAUGGAAAAAUAUGAUGGUGAUGAUCUUAUUAGUCAAGCAAGAAUGACGGUCAUCAAUGCAUUCUGUGCAAAACCAAUGGCACGUGCAAAAUAUUUCUGUGCUGCAUUUGCUAAUGAUGUUUCAGAUUAUUGGCAUUACGCCUUGAAUGUUCCAUUUUAUACGCAUUUUACAUCACCGAUUCGACGAUAUGCUGAUGUAAUGGUUCACAGGUUACUAUCAGCACUUGUAGGAUAUUCAGAGAAACCAAAUUGGGAUACAGAUGAUGUUCAAGAAUCUGCAGCUGUUUGUAAUAAACAAAAAUAUAACGCAAAACGUGCUGGAGAACAAAGUUCUGAAUUAUACUUGACUAAGUACAUUGAAAUGAAUCAACCAGUUAGAGAGUAUGCAGUUGUGUUAGACGUGAAAGAUAAGUCUUUUGAUGUGGUCAUUAUGUCUAUGGGAAUUAAUGUCCGAAUUUAUAAAAAUAAUAUCUCACCAGCAACUGUUAUAAACGAAAAAUCUGAAGUAGGGUAUAAUUCGUUGACUAUAAAGUGGCCACCUCUUGAGAACGAAUUACCAUCCAGUUCAUCACCAUUAACUCAAAUGAUUGAAAUUUUUACUUUACUAGAAGUAAAUUUAUUUGUAUCAAAAGCUUCAAAAAAAAUUGAAGCAAAAUUAUUGAGACCAUCAAAGAAAUCAAAACUUUGAUUUUGUAUAAAUUGUGAAGUAUUUUACAGAAUCGAAUUGUCAUUUUUUUUAAAGUUUUUGACGAGAUAAUUUUGU